GAUUUCUCCAAAGUCAACUCAAGGCUCUAGAGACAAUAGGUAGUUGUCUGAAGUUUGCUUCAACUUCACUCUCUUUCUCUCUAACAUUCUUCCUUCCCACCUACUUGAUUAAAAUUCACAUCUUUACUUCUUCAUUCAAUGCAACAGAGAACAAAAUCUGCAAUUCAAGCCCUAAUUUGAGGUUUUCUAUGAAUUGUAAGUUCAGUUUUGUUCUUAAUUUAUACCUUUUUUCUAGCAUUUGCUGCACACCCACCUCGUUUAAUGCUCGAAUUUCAUACAUAAUUUCAUCUUUUUGAGAGUGUCAUUUCUGAUUAGUCGAAUUAGAAACUUGGGUCACCCAGUAAUCAAGAUUUUUUUUUUUUUUUUUGAUGGGGAGUAAUCAAGAUCUUAGUUUGUGGGUCUUUGACAAAACCCUAGAAAUUAUGUGAAUUUGUCUAUUUGAGGCAAUUGUGUUUUGCAAGAUUAGUGUUAAUUACAUUUUCUGAAGUGGGUUUCCCUUAAUUUGUAUGGUAAUUAAUCAUGAGGGUUUUACCAAUUUGGAGUAUACAUGUAUUAUUGUUAGUGUUUUUGUUGCUUGAUUUCACAUGUUGUGAAGUUGUGGAAGAAGAAUCUGAAUCAGGAAAUGAUGUUUUUGGAACCCCAAAUUAUGAUAGAUUGGAUGAAAUUAAAACAGCCUGUUCUUCAGUCAUAGCUUCUGGUUCUGAAUUGAAAUUUGAUUACAAUGUGAUUGAUCUGAUUAAGAAAGAGCUGUUUUUUAAUAAUGGAGAUUGGGAACAACAAGGAACUAGUGCACCUUUGAUGCCAUUUGAUGAUAGACCACCAAUAAUGUCGUCUGGUUUUGAAUAUGAUCUUUACAACUCGUCUCGUUUGAAGCCGCCAUAUAAGCUUGUUUCUUUCAAAUUGACCGAUGUAAGCACAGCUCAUCGGUCUAAACGGACUGUAGCUGUCAAUGGGUAUCUUUUUCUGGUUAUUACCUCCAAUCUUCCUCUAGCCACUAUAUCACGUCAGGGAGUACCUGAAUACACCAUGUGGGAGGGACAUUCUCAACUUCUUAUUAAUCUCCAAGGAAUUUAUGCUGAAUCAAGAAAGACUGGAGAGAGAAUGCUGUGUUUGUUAGGUAGUACAAUGUUGCCUUCCCGUCAACCUGAUUCCGAUGAUCCUUCAGAAUCAGAAAGGGCUUCUGGCUCAAGUGAUGAUCAGCCAACUCUACUCCAAGAUGAACAAAUCCUACUUGUUCUUAACUUUCCGAAGAAAGCUAGUCUAAAGCGCAGGGCUGUUCAAGGGGAGCUGAGAAGUUUGAACUCGAAAACAAGCCUAAAGUACUUUGAUAAAGUUCAGAUUACGUCUCAGCUGCAAGCUAAGACUCGUGACUAUGAGUUUAGCCCUGAUGAGAUCAUAGCCAAGGCGUGCAAGCCACUUUCAUAUUCAGAGACUUCCAUUAGUGGGGCCAUUGAGGUCUACAAGGGGGUUGAUUUUUGUACAUCUCUUCGAAAAGCUUCCACUGAUGCAGCUUUUAUAGUUGCACCUCAUUGGCAAUGCAAUGGCACAGAUGAAUUUUGUAGCAAGUUUGGUCCUUUUGCAUCAGAUAAACAGAUUAACGCAACCGACGGAGGGUUUAAGGAUGUCAGGAUUGUUGUGCAAAAUAUUCUCUGUGUAACUAAAAAAGCACGGGAAGAUGAUGUCGUGGCAAAAGUUUCUGCUGUGUUUAGAGCCUUUGAUAUUCCCAACAACCAAUUCAUUGAAAAUCAAAGAAGUGGAUUGGGAAAUAUGACGCUUGUUGCUGAAGGUUUAUGGAAUUCUUCCAGUGGGCAACUUUGCAUGAUUGGUUGUCUUGGAGUUGUGGGUGAGGAAGGUCAUCACUGUGAUUCUCGAAUUUGUUUGUACAUACCUUUGUCAUUCUCCAUUAAACAAAGAAGCACCAUUCUUGGUAGCAUAUCGAGUAUUGACAAGAGCAAUCCUCCUUACUUCCCUUUGUCACUUGAAAUGCUGUUUCAGAGUAUGGAUUACAUUUAUGACAGUUACAAAUAUGCACAACCGUACUAUCAUUAUUCAAAAAUUGAUACUGCAGGAGCUAUAUUAGAGAAAUAUGAGCCCUUUAGUUUUGGAACUGUCAUCAAGAAAUCAUUGCUGACAUAUCCUAAACUUCAGGACUCAGAGGAUUAUUCCGACAGUCUCAGACUUCUUGCAGAAGACCUCACGCUUCAUGUAUCAGCUGUCCCUGAUCCUAUACCUUUCUCUAAGACUUCAAGAACUAAUAUCCAGAUGGAGGUUCUUUCUCUGGGUCCCAUGUUCGGACGUGACUGGUUCUCAAACGAUUCUAUAGCUAGCCCUGAAACUCCUUACCUCACGAAGGCUUCAUACACCGAGAAGCAGCUGCUUUUGAACGUUUCCACUCAGCUUAAGCUCAGGGGUGGACCUUAUAGUAACUUUUCUAUGCUGUUUCUGGAAGGAAUCUAUGAUCAACAUGUUGGAAGGAUGUAUUUAAUUGGUUGCAGAGAUGUCAGAGCCUCAUGGAAGGUGUUAUACGAUAGCAUGGACCUUGAAGGUGGCUUCGAUUGUUUAAUUGAAGUAGUUAUUUCAUAUCCACCCACUACAGCUCGAUGGCUUGUGACUCCAACAGCUGGCAUUUCCAUAUCUAGUAAAAGAACAGAAGAUGACCCUCUCUACUUUAAACCACAGAAGCUUCUCACUCUUCCAAUAUUAUAUCGACAGCAAAGGUUAGAUAUUCUUUCUCGAAGUGAUCUUGAGGGGAUUCUCAAGAUCUUGGCCCUCUCUGUGGCUAUUGGUUGCAUCCUGAGUCAAUUAUUUUAUACCAGAAGUGCCUCAGAUUCUCUUCCAUACAUGUCUCUUGUCAUGCUAGGAAGUCAAGUCAUUGGAUAUGCUCUUCCUCUUGUUAUUGGUGUACAAUCUUUUUCGAGAAACAACAAUGUGGAGGUUGAAAUCCAGUCCUCAUAUGAUCUUGAGAGGAGUCAGUGGGUUAAAGUGAUUGACUAUAUUGUGAAGCUUAUGAUGCUGGUGUGUCUUACACUUAUUCUUAGGCUAUGCCAAAAAGUGUGGACUUCUCGUAUCAAAUUACUUUCCCAGAACCUGAACGAGCCACACCGAAUCCCCACAGAAAAAGCAGUUCUUGUUAUAACUGUAAUCAUACACAUUAUCGGCUAUAUAUUUGCUCUGAUUUCCCACUCCUUGAGCACUCACACAUUGAAGACAUGGGAAACUAUUUUUCAGGAGUAUACAGGUUUACUUCAAGAUCUUUUCCUUCUUCCUCAGUUAAUAGGCAACAUAAUAUGGCAGAUAAACACAAAGCCGUUGAGGAAACUGUAUUACAUGGGAAUUACAGUUGUCAGAGUUCUUCCUCAUGUGUAUGAUUAUAUUAGAGGUCCAGUCUCGAAUCCAUUUUUCUCGGAGGACUACGAAUUUGUGAACCAGAAAUUUGAUUUCUACUCCAAGUUCGGGGAUAUAGCUAUACCAGUCUUGGGGAUAUGCCUUGCAGCUAUAAUAUAUAUACAGCAAAGGUGGAGUUACGAACGGCUUAGCAAUGCUCUUACUCUUGGGAAGCACAUACUUCCUUUCGGAUCAAGAAUGUAUGAGAGGUUGCCUACUCAGUCAUCAACUGAGCUUGUUUCUGGCACCAAUAAAAAGAAUGUUGAAGAUAAUGAAGAAUGAUAUGUAUGUAUUAGAUAAUAUUUAGCUUCCUUAUCUGUAAACUGUGUUUAAGAUGUACUACUACUUGCCUAAUGUGGUACACACUGAUAUAUAACAGGUUUCUAAUACAAACACAUGCUUUUCAAGUCUCA